CGUCUCCCACAUACUAUGAUUCAGAGAUCAACGUUGGCUGUGGUGGUCAGAGAAGGCUCCAUUUUGAAGGUUGAGGAGGGGGAAAGGCCUCGUUCAAUGAGCACAAGUACAGAGGACUCUAGGUGCAGAGGAGGGGCUCAGGAGAUCGCUGUCAUCCGGAAUUGCAUCCUGCACUGCCAUCCUGCCAGGUCGGUCCAGCCCGAGGAGGCCAGAUGUCCCAGAACGAGAAGGAGUCAGGGUCACCCGCUGAGAAUCGAAACCGUGAGGAGCUUUCCAUGCCUGCGGAGCCCGCCACCUCCACUGGGCCCAGCCAGAUGGCGGACCCACCUCCGCCUUCGUCGCCUCCCCCCCCCAUCCUGGUGUCGGUGGCCACGGCUUCCACCUGGUCCUUCCCCGCCGACCCGGUGACUCCCAGCCAGCCCGAAGCCAGCACCAGCGGCGGCACCAAAGCCCGCGCCGGCUCCAUGGAGGCCAUAAGCGAGGAGUUUUGCUUCCUGCUAUGUCACAGCUGUAAAUCAGAAUCCAAAUGUCCCAAACUCUUAUCCUGCUUACACACCAUCUGCUCUAAGUGCUUGGAGAGCCACGAGCCGACCGGGCAGUGCCCUGUCUGCCAGGACUCCCACACCCAAGAGACCAAUCUGCACUCCAUGGACAACCUCUUCUUCGAGAGCCUGCAGCGACGGAUUUCUGUCUACCAAAACAUCAUCCAGGGUGGGUCCGGAGCCUCUUGUAACCGCUGCAGGGAACCCGCUGAUUUCUGGUGUUUCGAGUGUGAGCAGCUUAUCUGUACCAGGUGCUUCGAAGCCCACCAGUGGUUUGUGAAGCAUGAGGCGAGGGCCGUGGAGGAGCUGAGAAAAGAAUCUGCCAAGGAUUUCCUAGACGGCACACGUAAAUCCAACAACCUCUUCUGCCCCAACCCUACCCAUCGGACUCCAUCCCUUACCAGCAUCUACUGCCGAGGAUGUGCCAAGCCCAUCUGCUGCACCUGUGCUCUCUUGGACAGCAGCCACAAGGACCAGUAUUGUGCCAUCAGCUCCGAGAUCCAGCUGCGGCAAGAGGAGCUGGUGAAGAUCACCGGGGACCUGAAAACCCAAGAGCAGACCUUCACUGAAGCCCAUGACAAGAUCCAGACGGCCAUCGGCCACCUGGAACAGAUGAAGAAGGAGACCGAGGAGCUGAUCCACUCUCGGGUCCAACUCAUGGUGGAGCAGAUCCAGGCCAAGGAGAAGGAGCUCCUGGAGACGGUGGAGGGCCAGUACCACCAGAGCCACGAGCAGAUGGCGGAGAAGCUUCGGCACCUGAAAAGCAUGCUUCAGCGCAUCCAGAAUGGCGAGCUCUUGGUGGAAAAGCUGCAGCGUUACGCCUCGGACCAGGAGGUCCUGGAGAUGCACACCUUCAUCCGGGAAGCUCUGGAGCACCUCAACAAGGAGAAGCCCAUGAACCUCCAAGCCUCGGUCAAGGUGGAAGAAUUUGAAGAUUGCAAGGCCAAACUCCAGGCUCUGUUUGCACGGGUCACCAAGGAGAAAGUUUCUGAAGCUGCUAACCUGGAGAAAGAGAGCAAGAAGGAAGAACCCAUGGAGCUCACCACCAUCACCGCAGACAGUGAUUCGCAGGGGCAGUCUCCUAAUGCCCAGUCAAGGAAGAGAAAAUCAUCCCUUCCCAACAAAUUAAACUCGUGGAAGGUGAUCAAGAAGGAAUGUGGAGAAAGUGAAAGACACAAGACGAAUAAGGUCUUCAAGCAACCCCAGGCCAGCACCUCAGGAGCGAACCAACCCCCCAGGAUGGAUGCCCCCUCCAACCCGGUGAACCCAGCCCCAGGUUCUGAAGCACGCUCUGCGACAGAAGCCAACAGUGUCGCCCACUCUGAACUAAAUAGGCAAGGUAACCCAGUCGUGGUGAUCAGCAGCUCUGAAGAGUCGGAAGAGAGCGAGUCCUGCAGUGAUUUCGGGAACAGCAGUGACUCAGAAGAUCUUGUGGAGUGCACAGGCAGCACGAAAGCCCCCCCCAGCCACCCCAUCAGAGAACCCAGUCAUGAAAACAGAGCUUUGGUCUUCUUUGACUACAAGGUUGACAGCAAAAUAGCCAAGAAGAUCACCCAGCUGGCCGCUGUAAAUGGCGAGAACAAUUUCCGUAUCAUCAUCCAGCAAGACGAGGCCCAUUUCAGCCUCUUUUCCAGGGGGGUUGCCAUUGAGGACGGCCUGCAGAAUUUCCUCUGCUACCUCCGUUCUUCCUCUCACCCCAUCCUGGCCAGCUACAAGCUCUGGUCACCUAACAUUACUGUCUUCUUUAAGGCCCUAGAGACUUCCUCUAAAAAGGGGGAGUUCCACGAGAUCAUCUCGGGGUUCGUGGACAUCCUGCCUUUGGUCCGUGACAAAGUGCCUGGGGCCAACAGCUAUAAGCUGAAGAAUCUGGUCAAGACCUACCUGUCAAAAAACAUGAAUGACAACAGCGCCCUGGCCUCGGUGCGGGCCACGCGGGACCUCUGCAAGAUCCUGCAGAUCUACCCAGGCCAGAAUAUCAACCGCAGAGUGCUCCCCUUCUCUAACCUAGACUGCUUUGCUUCCCUACAGCCCCUGGUCCACGUCAACGUCCUGACCCGCAACCAGGCCAAGCUCCUUGCCCUCCGGAAUGUCAGCCUCACAGAGCUGCAGGCGGCCUUCCACGAUGAUCCUGAGUGGGGACUCAGGAAAUACAGCCGCUACUUGGCCUCUCGGAGCUCUCGGUCACUCCCUUCCCUGCUGGGGCUUAGGAACUACCUCGAGAGCCUGCUGUCAAACCCCAAGCCAGAGGGAAAGCAGGCUGCAGGUCCCAACCAGGCUUCCCUGGGAAAAGCCUCUCCCCAGACCAGGAAUGGGGAGUGAGCUCUGCUGUGGGCCUGGGAGAUGGGAGGGAGAUGCUCCAUGCUCCUCCAGAUUCCACUGGCCGUGUUUCUGUCUCACUCUGCUAUUCGAUGUUCCAGUCCCCAAAUCCCUAUUUAAAUGGGCUUUCCAUAUCCCUCCAUCUGCUUGGUCUAAAGACCUCUGUGCAAUUUCAUUUGGAUGUUAUCCCCUUUCCCAGCCCCCAAUCAGGAGGGUUCUUUGGCAGACAGGGCAGAGACACCUGGAAGGUGUCUCUUUAUAAGACCAGGCUGGAAAGGACCUCUGGGAAUAUGUGGGGGGGAGGGGAGGUGGAAGAAGGGUAGUUUCACCUUCUAAGCCCCAGCUCACCCCCUCUUCAGGUUCCAGCAUAAAACAAACUAGGAGACCCUCUUGCCAUAUAGGCCCAGGUCCACACUCCAGAUCAUCCAUCAGGAAGGCCAAGAGUUUCAGAACAGGUCAGCAGUCUCCCUCUGCACCAGCUCAGACUUCAUCCAGCAGGCCUCUCCAGUUCCUUAGAGUUCAUAGACCGUUGCUUCGCUCCCUGUGGUGGCGCUUCCUCGCCCUCUCAGCUGCAGACGCUGUUCACUGCUGAGCUCUGGAUGGCCGUCUGGGACAUUCCAUCCCCGUGGGCCACCUGCCCGGGUGUAACUCCAAGUGCCUUUCAUACUGGAAUUGCUGCCUGUGCAUGGUCAUGGCUCCCCUCCCCCCCCGCCCCACCCCGCAGCCCCCAGGCUCAGCUGCUUCUGCACGUCAUUGACAUAGGUGCUUGGCUCUUUUUCUCUUCCUGUUCCAUAUUUACAUAGGAAUUGACUUGAUUCAGUCGCAGACAAGGUACUGAGUGAUUGAUGCCUCUUCACCCAUGACUUUCUUGCCCUGUCUUUGUAAUAUUCUCCCUGCUUCCUGCUCAGAAUUCCCAGCUCCCUUUCCCCCAGCUCUUCCCACGCUCAUCUAGCUGUGGGAGGCAAUGUGAUGUGUUGGAAAUAAAUACAAGGGUCCAGGAAUCGAGUUCCCCGGGUACUUAUGCCUACUCCAGCGCUACUUCCUGACUGACUUUACGCAAAUCACCUCCACUUUCUCGCCCAAGUUCCUUCAACUCUCAAAUGAGGGGAUUGGACCAGAGUCCUCUGAGGUCCCCCACCCCCAGUGGUGUGCAGUUCAACAGUUCUGUUUAGCCGGAAAGAUCCAUGUUUUCUGAAGAUAGCUGUGAUUCUUCAGUGAUCAUUCCUGUUGAAGGGGAAGCCUCAAAAUGGAUCCUGUGUUUCAGGGCAUCUCAGUUGCUGAGAUAUAGAAGGUCCCGACCAUUAUCUGUCUAUUUAGCAGCAGAAUGAGGGUCAGAGGCCAUCCAACGCCUGCCUCACACUUACUUCCUGGUGCCCUUUGGCCUUCUCAUCCCAGGUGACAUUUUAUUAUGCGAAAUAAAUGAAAGAUACACACAUACACACACACACGCACACGCGCACGCACGCACACCAGGAAACAAGCCUUGAUUGGUGUAGCAUACAUUUCCCCGCCUUGGUCUUCAGUUAAGUGACUUCACAUGGGUUAGAGAUGUUCCCAUUGUAAGAGUUUCGGCAGCCAUGUCUGAUCAUGGGCAUCUAGAAAUGGGAGGUGAGGCCCAAGCUGCUUCCUUCUUAAUUCUCAACCGUUACUACACCAAUGGACCCCAGUUUUAGAAAAUCAGGUGGACAUCUGGAUUGACAUCCAAGAAAAAUAGACAUGGUGGUGACUCACCUGACAAAAAGAUGCUUCCAUUUGCAGAAGGAUUUGCUAUGGCAUUCUUAAUAUGGGGUAAUGCACAGCCUGGAUCUAGGAUUAAUUUGCUGUGUCCUGCUGGGCAAGUCAGCUCACCUUUCUGGGCCUCAGUUUUUCUAUGGGUAAAUGGGCAUAAAAGUAAUGUCCUACUCAUCUCUGACAGGGUAGUAGCUAUGAAAAUCGUAUGAGAGAUGAACUAAGAAACUACCAUGUGAUACCAGCGAGAGUUUUAAUAGUGAGCUCCUUGGUACAUUUAAAAUAGGUUCCAAAUUAUUCAGAGAGGCUUCAGCUUCAGCUUCAAUCAAUCGACAAGCAGCUUUUAGGGAACAUAGUUAUUUGUGUAAGGCAGAGGGCACCUGCAUCACAAACGGAGGCUAUCUGUUGAAUUGGGGGCUUGAGUCAUAAAUCCAUUAUAUGGCUUCCAUCAAUACUGAAGUAAUUCCUGGCAUUCUGCAUAGAAAAGACAGAAGAGCCCUCUUUCCUUCUCAGUGACCUAAUUCACACUAUGGACUUCAGCAUUUAGCAAUUCCAUUGUCACCUUGGGACUUUGUGUUUUCAGAUUUGCAAAUACCGUGUGAUAAUAUUUACACCAGCAGAGAGGUUUACUGUUCUCUCUCUGCCUUCACAUCUUGAAAUGAAUCCGUCUGUCCCAAAAGCUGAGCUCACAGAUGGGUGACUUUGCUCAGUUCAUGAUGAGUGAGAGAUGUCCCCUCUCUUUAAUACUUUUUAUCUUUGCCUAACCACAACCACCUCUGUAAUGUGGGAGGGCAAAACCUGGUUUUUAGAACAGAACUUCUCCUUUGGACCAAAAUCCUCCCUCCAAUGUUUGUAAAUUGUUGAAAAUCUAGAACUCUUCAUCUCUUCCCACACCACAAACUAGCUCUUCUUCCUGACUUCCCAGUUUUUGUUAGUGGGACCACCAUUCUCUAGAGAAUGACUGCAAAUGAGAAGGCUAUCUUGGAAGACCUAAGUCAUCCACCCAGGCCAAGAACAGACUUUAAUGGUAUCCAUUCUUGGUUAAGAAGUAGUCAGCAAUUCUUGUUUGGAAUAAUGGGUGGUGUAUGUUUGCCUUCUUCUGCACUGAUGCUUAGCAGAGGCUGGUGCCUGUAUUGUUCAUGUAUCCUAUCGUUCGUUAUGGUAAGAUUUGUUCAUUUGUGCAUGUACUCAUCUGGCUGUCCAGAUCCAAGAGGAGAAGGAGUCCAUUCCUCCUCGUUGGCCUACGGAUCAUUUCAUGUUAAUAUGGGGUAGGCCUCGGCGAAUAGUCAGCCUAAGGUGAGGGUGGGGGGCGGGGGGCCUUGUGAACUGACCAAUUGCCACUGUCAGUGAUCUGUACUGGUUGAUGCUUCUAUUAUGGAUGCUUCUUCCUCUAUUGAAACUCUAAUUAGUAGUGGAAUGAGAUCAUUCAACUCCAGCUUUUAUCCUGUUCAGUGUGAUGUCCUCCUGGUCAGAUAAGCCUGGUGUAUAUCCCAAAGUUGGGAAUCUUAGGGCCCCAGGGCUCCAAUCUGUGUAUCUUUGUUCUAUUAUCACCAUUAAAUGAUUUAACCCUU